UAUCUUUGACGUAUUUCUCCGGUAACCUUGUCAACAGGAAUUUAAGAGAAAGUAAACAGUUGAUGAACACAAUAAACGCACUGUAUACGCUUUGCAGCAGGGAAAACCACAUUUUGUCUGCUGGUACCAUGGCGCGGGUAGAGACAACCUCCAGCAGGCCGUACCAUCUGGUCGUCUUCGGAGCCUCCGGCUUCACGGGGCAGUUUGUGGUGGAGGAGGUUGCCCGGACGGCGUCCGAGGGACCCAAGGGGAGCCUGAAGUGGGCCGUGGCUGGCAGGAGCAAGCAGAAACUGGAAAAAGUUCUGGAGCAGGCCGCUGGAGUCCUCAGUAAGCCUGAGCUCCGGACAGAGGUGGACGUGAUCGUGGCGGACGUAGGCGAACCCGACUCCCUCGCAGCCAUGUGCAAGCAGGCCGUGAUCGUUUUGAACUGUGUCGGCCCGUACCGGUUCUUUGGCGAGCCCGUGGUCAGAGCCUGCGUGGAGAACGGAGCGCACCACAUCGACAUCUCUGGAGAGCCGCAGUUUUUGGAGGGCAUGCAGCUGAACUACAGCAGCCAGGCGGCAGAGAAAGGCGUCUUCGUCAUUGGAAGCUGUGGGUUUGACUCCAUUCCUGCAGACAUGGGCGUCAUCUACACACGAGAUCAGUUCAGGGGCACCCUGACUGCUGUGGAGAGCUUUCUGACUAUCGGCAUAGGACCUGAGGGUGGGUGUAUCCAUGACGGGACUUGGCAGUCGGCCAUCUUUGGCUUAGCCGACAGCCGGAAUCUCCAGGGUCUAAGAAGGAAGUUUAACCACAAACCUCUCCCCACUGUUGGCCCCAAGCUGCGGCGCAGGGGAGCGCUGUUCUACAGUAAUGAGAUCCAGCAGUACGCGCUUCCCUUCAUGGGUUCUGAUCCGUCCGUGGUGAAAAGAACCCAGCGCUUCCUGGCAGAGGAACAUCAAGCCACGCCGGUCCAGUAUGGAGCGUAUGCUGGAGUUGGAGGUAUUGGCAGCAUCAUCAAGCUGAUGUUUGCUGGCAUGAUCUUCUGGUUGUUGGUCAAGUUCACUUGUGGACGCAACCUGCUCAUGAAGUAUCCAGAGUUUUUCUCCUUUGGAAUGUUCUCGAAAGCCGGACCAACCAGAAAGCAGAUGGAGGGAUCAUCCUUCCAGUUAUCCUUCUAUGGCGAGGGUUACACAAGCGGUCAGGACCCUGCGCUGGGAAAACCUAACGCCAAGAUCCGCACUCUAGUUCAGGGACCAGAGGUCGGAUAUGUGGCCACGCCCAUUGCAAUGGUGCAAGCUGCUCUCACGAUUCUCAACGAACCGGCAGCUUUGCCCAAGAAGGGAGGAGUUUAUUCUCCAGGAGCUGCUUUCGCCAAAACCACCCUCGUCGACCGCCUCAACAAACAUGGCAUCCAGUUCUCUGUCGUCUAACCCUGACAUUUUUCCAGAACCUCUUCAGAUUUUCCUUCAGUACUUCGAAGAUUUUACUUGGAAACCGAGCACAAUUGUUGCUGUGUUUCCUUGUCAAGGACACUAAAAGAAAUGUUAAGUUUUGCAUGGUUUUCCACUGACAUGAUUACUGAUAAUGGAAGUAUUCAGGACAAUUUUGUUCAGUUCAUGCCUCUGGACACGGAUAAUAAAGAGAAAACUAACAUUUUAUGUAUACUGUCACACAAAUAAUAAAAAGCAUUUAACAGAUAGUCAAAGGAUGAACAGGUUUUCUGAAUGUUGCACAGCUGUUUUUGACCAAAGCCCAUCAAAUCUUUCCACAAAACAUGUUAAAGCUCCUCUACCUUCCAGUUUUUGCUCAUAGUUUAUGAUCUAUAUGUACAAAUAGAGGACUAAUGAGGUAAAAGUAGGUGAUAACUUGGAUUACAGUUUAAAAGAUUUACAUGUUGAAUGCUUUUUUCUUUCUAAUUUCUUUGGUAUAAAGCCAUUAGGUGAGGGCAGAAGCUGCAACAUUUGCAUUUAUUCAUGUGAUAUUUCUUUAAAGUCAUGAGUGGUCUGUCUAAGCUACCUGUUAUUGGUUCAACAAACAGCUUGAUGCUUGAUGAAACUAAACUUUCUAUGGUGUUUAGUUUGAUAAAUAUUGCUCUGUACAUGGAAAUUACGAUCAGAGCAAUUCAAUUGAGACCUCUUUGAGCAUUGUGUGCAUUGUUCAGGCUUUAUUUUGCAUCACUGUUUGCUUCAUAAAUAAAGAUGUCUCCAGCAAAAA